AUAUCGAGACAGAACGUGUGCUCGGCGGAAGAGUGAAAAUGUGCUGUACUGUUUAUCCUGACGUCAGUUAGCACGUCUUGCACUACUGCUGCUGUCUCAUAACUACGUUUCAGAAAGAAUUAGGGAAUCGAUAGGCUGGAGAAAACAGUUUGCACAUCGGUCCUCGCGGAGUCACUGAAAUUAUUUCUGCAUCUAUUCCAAACUGGACUAAAACAGCACAAUGAACAACUGUGCAUUUCUACUGAUCCUGGCCGUUCACAUUUACGCCGAAGGCAUAGAGGGACCAACAGCAGCAGGCUGCACCUUUGACGAGGAUUCUGAGCCCAGUCUGUGUGACUUCACCCAAGGGGAGGAGGAUGACUUUGACUGGCAGCUCUUCAGGACACACAACUCACCCUACGCCUCUUCUGACCUCCUGCGUGGUUCCUAUAUGCUGGUGAACUCUUCCCAGCAUGCUGCAGGGCAUCGCGCCCAGCUCCUGCUGCAGACGCUGAGUGAAAAUGACACACACUGCGUCCAGUUCAGCUACUUCCUGUACAGCCGCGAUGGCCACAGUCCAGGGGCACUGCGAGCGUAUGUUCGGGUCAACGGCGGCCCGCUGGGUAGCCCAGUGUGGAACACGUCGGGGUCCCACGGACCACAGUGGCACCAAGUGGAGCUGGCUGUCAGCACCUUCUGGCCCAAUGAGUACCAGGUCCUGAUCGAAGCAACUGUUUCCAGGGAGCGGCGAGGCUACAUCGCCAUUGAUGACAUCAUGCUCCUGACCUAUCCCUGUUAUAAGGCACCCCACUUCUCCCGGCUGGGGGAUGAGGAGGUCAACGCUGGGCAGAAUGCCACCUUCCAGUGUGUGGCAUCGGGCCGGGCAUCGGAAGCUGAGAAGUUCCUACUGGAGAGGCACAGUGGGGACGUGACAUCCACAGCCUUGGUCAAGCACCUGAGUCACCGGCGCUUUGUGGCGUCAUUACAGGUGGACAGUGUGCAGUGCAACAACCAGGACCUGUACCGAUGUGUCACCCAGUCCUCCAGGGGCUCUGGGGUCUCCAACUUCGCUGAACUCAUCGUCAAAGUUCCCCCCUCCCCUAUCGCGCCCCCACAGCUGCUGAGAGCUGGCUCCACAUAUCUGAUCAUCCAGCUGAACACCAACUCCAUCCUGGGAGAUGGCCCUAUUAUCAGGAAGGAGAUUGAGUACCGGGCCAGCCAAUCACCUUGGUCUGAGGUCCAUGGGGUCAACAUGGUCACCUACAAGCUGUGGCACCUGGACCCAGACACGGAGUAUCACAUAAGUGUGUUGCUGACCCGGCCCGGAGAGGGCGGCACCGGACCACCUGGACCACCCCUCGUCAGCAGGACUAAGUGUGCAGAACCCACACGGGCCUUGCGAAGUCUCACAGCCUCAGAGAUCCAGUCCAGGCAGCUGACCCUGCAGUGGGAGACGCUGGCCUACAACUUGACCCGCUGCCACACCUACUCUGUGUCCCUGUGCUACCACUAUGCCACCGUAGGGGGCGGCGGUGGGCACAACACUACUGUGCGUGAGUGCCUGGCGGUUGAGCACAAUGCCUCACGCUUCACCCUGCGUGACCUGCCGGCCUACCACUCCAUCCAGGUCCGUUUGGCGCUCGCCAACCCUGAGGGUAAGAAGGAGGGUCGGGAGGUCACCUUCCAGACUGAAGAGGACAUUCCCGGUGGCAUCACCCCUGAAUCGCUGACCUUCACCCCCCUGGAAGACAUGAUCUUCCUCAAGUGGGAGGAGCCAGUGGAACCCAAUGGUCUCAUCACCCAAUACGAGAUCAGCUAUCAGAGCAUUGAGUCGUCUGACCCAGGCAUCAAUGUGCCAGGACCUAGGAGAACAGUGUCGAAGCUGAGGAACGAGACCUAUCACAUGUUCUCCAACCUUCACCCUGGCACCACAUAUCUGAUUUCUGUCCGUGCUCGCACAACCAAGGGCUUCGGCCAGACCGCCCUAACUGAGAUCACCACCAACAUUUCUGCUCCAAUGUUUGACUAUGGAGACAUGCUGUCCCCUCUGAGUGAAACAGAGAGCACGAUCACUGUGUUGCUUCGCCCCGCCCUGGGCAGGGGAGCACCCGUCAGUACGUACCAGGUUGUGGUAGAGGAGGAGAGUGGCAGGAAGGUGAAGAGGGAGCUGGGGGUUCAGGACUGUUACCCUCUGCCCAUGUCCCAUGGGGAGGCCCAGGCCAGAGGGACCUCCAACUACUACACGGCCGAGCUGCUUCCCAGCAGCUUGCCUGAAGCCAGCCCCUUCACCGUGGGGGACAACCACACCUACAAUGGCUACUGGAACACCCCGCUGGACCCCCGCAAGAGCUACCUCGUCUACUUCCAGGCCAUGAGCAACUUCAGAGGGGAAAGCAGAAUAAACUGCAUCCGAAUAGCCCGCAAAGUGGCCUGUAAGGACCACCGGCGGGCUCUGGAGGUGUCCCAACACUCAGAGGAGAUGGGGCUGAUCCUGGGGGUGUGUGCUGGGGGCCUGGUGGUGCUCAUCCUGCUCCUGGGGGCCAUCAUCAUCAUCAUAAGGAAGGGGAAGCCAGUGAACAUAAAUAACACACCCAUAACGUACCGUCAGGAGAAGAGUCACAUGGGUUCGAUGGAGCGCAGUUUCACUGACCAGAGUACCCUGCAGGAGGAUGAGCGUGUGGCCCUCUCUGCAGCACGCAUGGCACACACCUGCAGCAUGCGCGGUGAGCAGUGUAGCUCAGUGAACGAGUCCAGUAGUCUUCUGGGGGGUUCGCCACGACGCCAGUGUGGGCGUAAGGGCUCACCCUACCACACUGGUCAGCUCCACCCUGCUGUGCGCGUGGCUGACCUUCUCCAGCACAUCAACCAGAUGAAAACUGCAGAGGGGUACGGCUUCAAACAGGAGUACGAGAGCUUCUUUGAUGGCUGGGACUGCACCAAAAAGAAGGACAAAACUAAAGGGAGGAAUGACACGUUGAUGGGAUAUAAGUCAUCAUGGACAUGCCAGCCCUCUUGGGACGAAUGCACUGAUCACCACAACCGACACAGAGUCAAGCUCCACCCACUCCUGGGAGACCCCAACACCGACUACAUCAACGCCAACUACAUAGACAUUCGGAUUAACAGGGAAGGCUACCAUCGGUCCAACCACUUCAUAGCCACUCAGGGGCCCAAACAGGAGACAGUGUAUGACUUCUGGAGGAUGGUGUGGCAGGAGAACUGCUUCAGCAUCGUCAUGAUCACUAAACUGGUAGAGAUAGGCAGGGUGAAAUGCUGUAAAUACUGGCCUGAUGACAGUGAGAUGUAUGGAGACAUCAAGAUUACACUGCUGAAGCUGGACACACUUUCAGAGUACACAGUUCGUACUUUUGCCUUGGAGAGGAUGGGCUACUCAGCUAAACACGAGGUGCGUCAGUUCCACUUCACGUCCUGGCCGGAGCAUGGGGUUCCCUACCACGCCACAGGCCUGCUGGCCUUCAUACGGCGGGUCAAAGUAUCCACGCCCCCCGAUGCUGGACCUGUGGUCGUCCACUGCAGUGUGGGGGCGGGCCGCACAGGCUGCUACAUCGUGCUGGACGUCAUGCUGGACAUGGCCGAGUGUGAGGGUGUGGUGGACAUCUACAACUGUGUCAAAACCCUCUGCUCACGACGCAUUAACAUGAUCCAGACAGAGGAGCAGUACAUAUUUAUCCAUGAUGCCAUCCUGGAGGCUUGUCUGUGUGGAGAGACGGCAAUCUUGGUGAAUGAGUUUGCACUCAUCUACAAAGACAUGCUGCGUUUGGACUCUCAGAGCAACUCCUCCCAGCUACGAGAUGAGUUCCAGACGUUGAACUCGGUCACCCCUCACCUGGAUGCGGAGGAGUGCAGCAUCGCCCUGCUCCCCAGGAACCGGGAGAAGAACCGCAGCAUGGACGUGCUGCCGCCCGACCGCGUUCUGGCAUUCCUGGUCACCACUGAGGGCGAGAGCAACAACUACAUCAACGCGGCACUCACUGACAGCUUCCACCAGCCCGCCGCUUUCAUCGUCACCCCUCACCCGCUCCCCGGCACCACCGCCGACUUCUGGAGGUUGGUGUUCGACUACGGCUGCACCUCGGUGGUCAUGCUCAACCAGCUCAACCAGUCCAACUCUGCCUGGCCCUGUGUCCAGUACUGGCCAGAGCCUGGUCUGCAGCAGUAUGGGUCAAUGGAGGUUGAGUUCCUGUCCAUGUCAGCUGACGACGACGUCAUCACUCGUCUGUUCUGUGUAAAAAAUGUGACAAGGCCCCAGGAGGGCCAGCUGGUGGUGUGUCAGUUCCAGUUCCUGCGCUGGUCAGCCUACCGUGACGUGCCCGACUCCAAGAAGGCCUUCCUCAGCCUACUGGCUCACGUGCACAAGUGGCAGAGGGAGUGUGGAGAUGGCCGCACUGUUGUCCACUGCCUGAACGGCGGUGGGCGCAGUGGGACAUUCUGUGCCAGCACCAUCCUGCUGGAGAUGAUACAGUACCAGAACAUGGUGGACAUCUUCUACUCCAUCAAGACACUCCGCAACUCCAAACCCAACAUGGUGGAGUCACUGGACCAAUACCGAUUCUGCUACGACCUUAUCCUGGAGUACUUGGACUGCAUAGAAGAUAGCAUGAGAUAGCAAUGUUCCGUAGCUGGUGCGUCUUGUGGGCUGUGACUGCUGACUGGGUUACACACCCUGUGACCCCCUCAACAUUUACUUUAUUGUUUGGAUUAAUCUGCCUAAGGUGUUGUGAAGGACAACAAUAGACAAAAAAGGGGGAAGUGCUCCUCACUUUUAACCCUUUAAUGUACAGCUGUGGUUUCCUCCAUUUUAUUGUUGACGUUGGUUGUUUUCCUGUAUGAUACUUUCAGCUUCGUUUUUGUGCGUUCUUGGUAUUUGCCUCUGGACUGGAGCUCUUUUGUGCUAAAUGUUUCUGUGGCGUCAAUGAUGGAGAAACAUGAGAGAGUACCUGUGGAGAGGUUACCCUGCCUUUCAUCAUUUUUCUUCAAACAUGGAUGGCCCGGGCAGUUUUUUGUCUUGUUGAUGAGAGUCCGGCGCUAAAAACAGAAUUUGCCUCUACAUGGAAGUGUUCCGGUCUCUCCAAGAGACACAGCAAAUGCAGUCUACUGUGGUGAAUACAAGAUAUCUCUACCACAAACUGCCUCACCGUCCACUAACACUGGGGGAGAUAUAGUACAACUCAAUGGAAUGAUUUCAAUGGGCUACAUGAAAAACAGUGCUUUGCGUAAUACAUUUUCCAAUUUGGCAGUGCUAUGAUAAAUAGAUGAGAGUCAUCGAGACAGGAGGAAGAAGUACAAUUUUAUGUGUUUGCCACUUUUUGUGAUGGGCCAACCUGGUAUGUCAUAAGACUGAUCCAAUGCCAAUCAAACGGGAUGCCUAACCUGUCACUUAAUUUAAUUGUGUCAAUCCCACAGACUGACUUGAAUCCUGUCUUCACUUUGUUCUACUCCUUCAUGUUGAUGCAUGUACAGUGCAUUCGGAAGGUAUUCAGACCCCUUGACUUUUUCCACAUUUUAUUCUGUUACACCCUUAUUCUAAAAUUACCCCUUAUUUAUA